UCACAGGUUCUGGCAGUGGGCCGCCUCUGACUGAAAUAGGGCCUCAACCGGAUGGCGGUGGCGAGGCACGGCUGCCCGCCCUGGGGCUCGAUCCUCGGGCUGCUCGUGCUGGCCUUGGCUGCCGCCGCCGCCUGGGACGUGUCUUUUCUGCGCUGCAGUUUAGGGUCCUUCUGCGAAUGUGACUUCUGGCCCGACUUGCCUGGUCUGGAAUGUGACCUGGCUCAACACCUAGCUGGCCAGCAUUUGGCCAAGGCCCUGGUGGUGAAGUCAUUGAAGGCCUUUGUACAGGACCCAGCCCCCAGCAAGCCAUUGGUCCUUUCCCUGCACGGCUGGACAGGCACUGGGAAGUCCUAUGUGAGCUCCCUGCUGGCGCAGUAUCUCUUCCGGGGUGGCCUUCGCAGCCCUCAUGUCCAUCACUUCUCUCCUAUCAUCCACUUCCCACAUCCCAGCCACACUGAGCAGUACAAGAAUGAGCUCAAGAGCUGGGUCCAGGGGAACCUCACUGCCUGUGGCCGGUCUCUUUUCCUCUUCGAUGAGAUGGACAAGCUGCCCCCUGGCCUGAUGGAAGUCCUGAAGCCCUUCCUGGGCCCUUCUUGGGUUGUGUAUGGGACCAACUAUCGCAAAGCCAUUUUCAUCUUUAUCAGCAAUACUGGAGGUGAGCAGAUCAACCAGGUGGCCCUGGAGGCAUGGCGCAGCCGUAGGGACAGGGAAGAAAUCAGCCUACAGGAGGUGGAGCCAGCAGUGUCCCAAGCUGUGUUGGACAACCCUCACCAUGGCUUCUGGCGGUCUGGCAUCAUGGAGGAGCAGCUGCUGGAUGCUGUGGUCCCCUUCCUCCCCCUCCAGCGGCAUCAUGUGCGCCACUGUGUGCUCAAUGAGCUGGCUCAGCUGGGUCUGGAGCCCCGCGAGGAGGUGGUUCAGGCUGUGCUGGACAGUACCACCUACUUCCCUGAGGAGGAGCAGCUCUUCUCCUCCAAUGGCUGCAAGACAGUGGCAUCCCGAAUCACAUUUUUCCUCUGAGAACCCCGGGGACAUCAUUGCCUCCUCUGCCUAGACAGAUCAAACAGACGCCUGGGCGUCUCCUGGAAGAAUUCUUCCCUAAGCUGGCUGGCAAGUGGGACCCAGAGCACAGAGUUACGAUGAAGAAAGGUGUUGGCAGGCCAAGGAAGAAAGGUCUAGAAGCAUCUUUGCUGGGAAAUUCCUGGGCACCCCAGAACCUCACAGCCUCGCCAUUGCUCUGCGGUCUGAGCCUUCUCAAUGUGAACGGCAACUCAGGGACAAAGUGGCUACUCCAGCUGGGGGCUUUUACUGGCACGCCUUGUCUGGUCCCUUCUCCAGAUCUCAGCCUAUGGCUGGACCUGGCAAUCCAGCUAGGCCAGGCAAGCAUCUCAGUUUUACCAAAUGAAAGGACUCAAGCUGCUACCUGGGCCUGGCUUUCAAAGUUUUUAAUUUUGUAUGAGAAGAGAGCAGAGAUAAUAAACUUAGCCAUGGUAUUGGAACAUUGACCAAGGUUUCUCACUGUCCUGGGAGGAGGCAGCUUUGCUGCGUCUGCUCACUGCUCAGCACGGGCUUCAACUGGCUCUGAGGGAGCAGUAUAAUGGCUGGAGGUGAGCUAGUCUCUGUCUUCUUCAGGCUCCUGAGAUAAAAGGUUAGUCAGUUCCGUGAAGCUUUCGGCACUGCUCAGAUGUGUUGAUGUGCUCUCAGUGAAGCUUGAGGAGUCAUCACCAUCCUUGCUGGCCUCUGGACUCUGGCUCGGGGGCUCACUGGCACUACUGAGGCUCCUACCACUGUCAUGGACGGUUGUGCUGGAACUCUUCGUUAGUAUCUGGCUGCUGCUCCGGGUCUUGGGUUUCCAGCCCUGGGCUCGAACAGCCUUAGCUCUUCUGACUCUCUCCUUUAGGAUCAGGGAAGACCUGGACUUGGUAGGCUUUGGGCGCUCAAGGGCUUCUUGCUUGCUGGUGCUCUUCCUGGGACCCUUGGGAGCCUCUGUCUUUGGUUUUGGGUAAUGGGUGGCCCCUGCCUUUUUGGUGGAGCCCUUUUUGCCAUAGACAGGUGUGAUCUCA